CCCUUCGAGUACAUGAUCCUGGCGACCAUCAUUGCCAACUGCAUCGUGCUGGCCCUCGAGCAGCACCUCCCUGAGGAUGACAAGACACCCAUGUCACGGAGAUUAGAGAAGACAGAGCCCUACUUCAUUGGGAUUUUCUGCUUCGAGGCUGGGAUUAAGAUCGUGGCUCUGGGCUUUGUUUUCCACAAGGGCUCGUACCUGCGCAACGGCUGGAACGUCAUGGACUUCAUCGUGGUCCUCAGCGGCAUCCUUGCCACUGCCGGGACACACUUCAACACCCACGUGGACCUGCGGACGCUGCGAGCUGUGCGCGUGCUCAGACCUCUGAAGCUCGUCUCGGGCAUUCCCAGCUUGCAGAUUGUCCUAAAAUCCAUCAUGAAGGCUAUGGUGCCUCUCCUCCAGAUUGGCUUGCUGCUCUUUUUUGCUAUCCUCAUGUUUGCUAUCAUUGGCCUGGAGUUCUACAGCGGGAAGCUGCACCGAGCCUGCUACACAAACAAUUCAGGUGAACUAGAGGAGCUGGACCCUCCCCAUCCAUGUGGGGUGCAGGGUUGCCCCCCAGGCUACGAAUGCCGGGAGUGGAUCGGUCCCAACGACGGGAUCACGCAGUUCGACAACAUCCUCUUUGCUGUGUUGACCGUCUUCCAGUGCAUCACCAUGGAAGGGUGGACCACAGUCCUGUACAAUACCAAUGAUGCCUUAGGAGCCACCUGGAACUGGCUGUACUUCAUCCCCCUCAUCAUCAUUGGAUCCUUCUUUGUCCUCAACCUUGUCCUGGGAGUGCUGUCAGGGGAGUUUGCCAAAGAGCGUGAGCGAGUGGAGAACCGCCGAGCCUUCAUGAAGCUGCGGCGCCAGCAGCAGAUCGAGCGGGAGCUCAAUGGCUACAGGGCAUGGAUAGACAAAGCGGAGGAAGUCAUGCUGGCUGAAGAGAACAAAAAUUCUGGGACCUCAGCCUUAGACGUGCUCAGGCGAGCCACCAUCAAAAGGAACCGGACGGAUGCCAUGAACCGUGACUCGAGUGAUGAGCACUGUGUCGAUAUCUCCUCUGUAGGUAACCCCUUGAGUCAAUCUGGCCUCAAAGGCGCCAGAGUGGACGGUGCCUCCUACUUACGGCAUAAGGAGCGACUCCUGCGCAUCUCUGUCCGCCACAUGGUGAAAUCCCAGGUCUUCUACUGGAUCGUCUUGAGCCUGGUGGCCCUCAACACUGCCUGCGUGGCCAUUGUCCAUCACAACCAGCCAGCCUGGCUCACUCACUUCCUCUACUAUGCAGAGUUCCUGUUUCUUGGGCUCUUCCUUCUGGAGAUGUCCUUGAAGAUGUACGGAAUGGGGCCGCGUCUUUACUUCCAUUCUUCCUUCAACUGCUUCGACUGUGGGGUCACGGUGGGAAGCAUCUUCGAAGUGGUUUGGGCUAUCUUCAGACCAGGAACCUCUUUUGGGAUCAGUGUCCUACGAGCCCUUCGUCUCCUGCGGAUAUUUAAAAUAACCAAGUAUUGGGCAUCCCUGAGGAAUUUGGUGGUCUCACUGAUGAGCUCCAUGAAGUCUAUUAUCAGUCUGCUCUUCCUUCUCUUCCUCUUCAUUGUAGUCUUUGCCCUGUUGGGAAUGCAGCUGUUUGGAGGCAGGUUUAACUUCAUGGAUGGAACUCCAUCAGCCAACUUCGACACCUUCCCCGCUGCCAUCAUGACAGUCUUUCAGAUCCUAACAGGUGAGGACUGGAACGAGGUGAUGUACAACGGCAUCCGUUCCCAGGGAGGUGUUCGCUCAGGGAUGUGGUCCUCCAUCUAUUUCAUCGUCCUCACCUUGUUUGGAAACUAUACUCUGCUGAACGUCUUCUUGGCCAUCGCGGUGGACAACUUGGCCAAUGCUCAGGAGCUCACCAAGGAUGAGCAAGAGGAAGAGGAGGCCUUUAACCAGAAGCAUGCCCUUCAGAAAGCCAAAGAAGUCAGCCCCAUGUCUGCCCCAAACAUGCCUGCUAUCGAAAGAGACAGGCGGAGGAGACACCACAUGUCGAUGUGGGAGCCACGCAGCAGCCACCUAGCCCGGAUGGAGGGGAAGGAGACUGCUGGCAUUCUGGGGAGCCGCUCAGCCAGCCAGGAGACGGGUCUGGAGGAGGCCAGCACCGCGGAGGGGGCACAGGAUGGGGACCGACGUGGGGACAUGGCUGCAUCAGAGGCGCUGAUUCAGGGGGAGCCGGAGGCGAGCGGGGACUCCAUCAGGACAAAUGGGGUCCCUGCUGGCGAUGCCGAUCUGCUUGGGACUGCCAGGAAGGGGAGUCUCCCCCACACAGCACCUGAGCCCUCCCAGGGGAAGACAGGGAACCUGACAGAGCAGGACUGCAGCAGCCCAGACACCAGUGAGCAAGCUCUGCUGGAGGCCAGUCGCACUGUCAGCCGGAGUGAGCCUGACCUCUCCUCCAUGACCCCCAACACCGAGAAGGCCACGGAGAGCACCACCAUCAUGAUCGAUGUCCACGACUCCGCUGUGGUACAGAUUAGCAACAAGACAGACGGUGAAGCCAGCCCCUUAAAGGAGGCUGAGACCAAAGAGGAUGAGGAGGAGAUGGAGAAGAAGAAGCGGAAGAAGGAGAAAAGCGAGACGGGCAAAGCAAUGGUGCCACACAGCUCCAUGUUCAUCUUCAGCACCACCAACCCGGUGCGGAGGGCUUGUCACUACAUCGUGAACCUGCGCUACUUCGAGAUGUGCAUCCUCCUGGUGAUCGCCGCCAGCAGCAUUGCCCUCGCAGCAGAGGAUCCUGUCCUCACCAACUCUGACCGCAACAAAGUCCUGAGAUAUUUUGACUAUGUCUUCACUGGCGUCUUCACCUUCGAGAUGGUUAUCAAGAUGAUUGAUCAGGGCUUGAUCCUGCAGGAUGGCUCCUACUUCCGAGACCUCUGGAACAUCCUGGAUUUCAUCGUGGUGGUGGGAGCACUGGUGGCUUUUGCCUUGGCGAAUGCUUUGGGGACCAACAAGGGCCGGGAUAUCAAGACUAUCAAGUCUCUCCGUGUGCUUCGGGUCUUGAGACCCCUGAAAACCAUCAAGCGACUGCCCAAGCUGAAGGCUGUCUUCGACUGUGUCGUAACAUCCCUCAAGAAUGUCUUCAACAUCCUGAUUGUCUACAAGCUCUUCAUGUUCAUCUUUGCUGUCAUUGCCGUCCAGCUCUUCAAGGGGAAGUUUUUCUACUGCACUGACAGCUCUAAGGACACGCAGAAGGACUGCAUAGGGAACUAUGUGGACCAUGAGAAGAACAAGAUGGAAGUGAAGUGCCGGGAAUGGAAACGCCAUGAGUUUCACUAUGACAAUAUCAUUUGGGCUUUGCUCACCCUGUUCACAGUCUCUACUGGCGAGGGUUGGCCCCAGGUGCUGCAGCAUUCCGUGGAUGUGACAGAGGAGGACCGUGGGCCCAGCCGCAGCAACCGCAUGGAGAUGUCCAUUUUUUAUGUUGUCUAUUUUGUGGUCUUCCCUUUCUUCUUUGUCAACAUUUUUGUGGCUCUCAUCAUCAUUACAUUCCAAGAGCAAGGAGACAAAAUGAUGGAAGAGUGCAGUCUGGAAAAGAAUGAGAGGGCCUGUAUUGACUUUGCCAUCAGUGCCAAGCCCCUCACGCGGUACAUGCCCCAGAACCGACACACCUUCCAGUACCGUGUCUGGCACUUUGUGGUCUCCCCAUCCUUUGAGUACACCAUCAUGGCCAUGAUAGCGCUGAACACCGUGGUGCUGAUGAUGAAGUACUACUCUGCUCCAUACACCUAUGAGCUGGCCCUGAAGUACCUGAACAUUGCAUUCACCAUGGUGUUCUCCUUGGAGUGCGUCCUCAAGAUCAUCGCUUUUGGCUUCCUGAAUUAUUUCCGGGACACUUGGAACAUCUUUGACUUCAUCACUGUCAUUGGCAGCAUUACAGAGAUCAUCCUGACAGACACCAAGCUGGUGAACACCAGCAGCUUCAACAUGAGCUUCCUGAAGCUUUUCCGAGCUGCUCGGCUCAUCAAGCUGCUCCGCCAGGGUUACACCAUCCGCAUCCUGCUCUGGACAUUCGUGCAGUCGUUCAAGGCACUCCCCUACGUCUGCCUCCUGAUCGCCAUGCUUUUCUUCAUCUACGCCAUCAUUGGGAUGCAGGUUUUUGGCAAUAUCAAACUAGAUGAGGAAAGCCACAUUAACCGGCACAACAACUUCCGCAGCUUCCUGGGCUCCCUCAUGCUCCUCUUCAGGAGUGCCACGGGAGAGGCAUGGCAGGAGAUCAUGCUGUCCUGCCUGGAGGGCAAAGGCUGUGAGCCAGACACGACAGCAACGUCUGGGCAGAAUGAGAACGAGCGCUGCGGCACCGACCUGGCCUACGUUUACUUCGUUUCCUUCAUCUUCUUCUGUUCUUUUCUGAUGCUCAACCUGUUUGUGGCAGUCAUCAUGGACAAUUUUGAAUACCUGACACGGGAUUCCUCCAUCCUGGGACCUCACCAUCUAGAUGAGUUUGUGCGGAUCUGGGCAGAGUAUGACAGAGCAGCGUGCGGCAGGAUCUCGUAUAAGGAUAUGUACAAAUUAGUACGGGUGAUCUUGCCUCCUCUGGGCCUAGGAGAGAACUGCCCCUACAGGGUGGCGUGCAAGAGACUGGUGCUGAUGAACAUGCCUGUGGCCGAGGACAUGACGGUCCAUUUUACCUCCACCUUGAUGGCGCUGAUACGCACGGCCUUGGACAUCAAAAUUGCCAAAGGUGGUGCAGAUUGGCAGCAGUUAGAUGCCGAGCUUCAAAAGGAGAUCCUGACCAUUUGGCCUCACCUGUCCCAGAAGAUGCUUGACCUGUUGGUACCCAUGCCAAAAACCUCUGACCUGACUGUUGGGAAAAUAUAUGCAGCCAUGAUGAUCAUGGAUUACUACAAGCAGAGCAAAGCGAAGAAGCAGCGGCAGCAGCUGGAGGAGCAGAAAAAUGCCCCCAUGUUCCAGCGCAUGGAGCCGUCCUCCUUGCCACAGGAAAUCAUCUCGAAUGCGAAGGCUCUGCCAUACCUCCAGCAGGACACCCUCUCAGGCCUAAGCAGCCGAGGUGGGUUCCCCUCGCUGAGCCCGCUCUCACCACAGGAGAUCUUCCAGCUGGCGUGCAUGGAUCCAUCCCAGGAGCAGUUCCAGGAGCACCAGUCUCUG